CAUUUUAAAAGAAAAUGUCAAUGAGGAAAAUGAAUGUGUACAGAACAUUAAAAAGACGGAGUUCGUUAAAUGUCAAGUCUUUGUUGUGUGUUGCAUAGUGACAAAAAGAAAAAAGUUUAGUGUAUUUUUUUAUCAAUAAUUAAUAAUAAAAAAUUCGUUUGAAAGUGUAUAAAUAAAAAUGGUUAAUCCACAAUUAAUAGAGGUUAACGAAAUUACGGGUUACUGGACAUUUUUAAUGAGCAUAGAUUGGAAGGAUCCUUGGCUUAUUGGGUUAAUAUUGUUACACAUAUUAACCACUACCGUUGCCAUCAGGACACGUAAUAAUGUUAAUUUUCAAAUAUUUUUGUUCUUAGUUUUGUUGUCUGCUGCUUACUUUUCGGAAACAAUCAAUGAAUAUGCUGCACAAAACUGGCGUCUAUUCUCUAAACAACAGUAUUUCGACAGCAAUGGUCUUUUUAUCUCGACAGUAUUCUCAAUACCUAUUCUACUUAACUGCAUGUUACUUAUUGGAGCUUGGCUGUAUAAUUCUACACAAAUGAUGUCUAAUUUGAAGACUGCACAGUUAAAACAAAAGCUGCGGCGUGAGGGAUUAAGAAGAACCAAUUCAGCUCAUUUAAAAAAUGAGUAAAAGGAAGGCGUACGAAGGUAUAUAAUGGAGAAGUGCAAGGGCAAAUAAUGUGGUUCUUAAUUUUAAUAAUACUAAUAAAACAAAACCUAUAUAUCUGUAACUAUCCGUAUAUUUAGUAAGCAUAUAAAUUGAUAAAAUUUUGUAUGUAUUCUUUCAAUGUAUGUGUUAAGUGCAGACAAUAAAUCUAAACCAUUUAUAAUAAACCCUUAGCCCACUGAUCAAUUUAUACUACAAUGGUUUCAUAAAUUUGAAACUAAAUUUUUACAAUUGUUAUCAAAGCAAAAACAUUAAUGUUGGGCAGACGAAUACAUACAUAUUAAAAAUUUUUUAAUAUUUUACUUAUCACGGAUUCAUUUCAUAAUAGAUGAUCCAUAUUUUAUUUAAUUAUUUUCUUUAUUGUGAUAAAGGCAUAAUUAUUUUC